CAUGCUUUGGAAAUUAUGCCGUUGUUAUGCUUAUUUAUUAUUUCAAAUGUUUACGGCAUUGUAUAUACCUGGUACGGUCACAUAAAAUGUGCUAAUUUCGAGCAUGUAGUAUUUCAGAACGUUUAGGAACGUUGUGGCUUUAGCACCCGUUUCUGCGGGGUUUAUUACUUGAAUGCAACUUUGGUACGUCGGUGUAUUUUGUCCGUGUACUCGACGGUACUUUUUGUUUACAAAAUGGCAGACUUCAGAACUUCUACCCUCGAUUACUUUCCAGAGAACAUUUUAAUUGAUAUUUUAUCAUAUUUAGGUGUGCGAGAGCUCAUCCGAACUGGAAGGGUGUGUAAGAGAUGGAGACGCCUUGUAAAAGACCAAAGACUAUGGCGAGUUGUUGAUCUAACUGCAUGGAAAGGGGUGACAUCGCGCAUGCUGUGGGUUCUUCUACGCCAGUAUCUGGGCACUGGGCUCCGAUGCCUGCGGCUGCGUGGCUUGCUGCUCUCUGCUAGAGGUGGGGCCUUUCUCUCAGAGUCCUGGCUCAAGGCUUUGUCCUCCAGGUGCCCCCGUCUGCGUAGUCUUUCCCUGCUCCACGCAGACUUGAGAGGCUUGCACAGUUGCCAGCUCCUGCCCACAACACUGCAGGUCCUAGAGUUGCGUGGCUGCGAGCUACCACAGGGCUUUUUCACCCAGACCCCACUCAGUCCUGAGAAACAAGCUGGAAUGGCAUCAACUGCUGCUACUCAGCAACAGGGACGUGUUCAAACUGGGAAAGUGCCUGCCUCCACAUCAGGGAUUGCCAUUGAGACGAUGGUCCUUGACAACGUGCCAUCCUUCACAGACCAGCACCUGCAGAGUCUGGCGUCUUGGUUAAGGCUUAGCCGCCUAGAGCUCCGCAACGUCCUUCGUGUCACAGCGGAAGGCCUUAGGCGCAGUGCUGCCCAAGAAACCGACUCGGGCUUAAACGGGCUCUCCAGGCUCAAGUACCUGGAGAUAGGGCACUUUGGGCGGCCGGGCGCCCAGCUGCAAAUGGCCUCCCUGGGGCUCGGAGUGGGCUGGCUGGGCCUAGAGGAACUAAGCCUUGGCGGUAAGGAGGUGGGACCAGGCCUGCUGUCCGCCAGCCGUCUGAGGGACCUGAAGCGCCUGCGCCUGAGAUGCUGCAAGCUGAGAGAGAUGCAGGUGCUACGUAGCUGCAGGACACUGCGGGACCUGCGCAGGUUGGAGUUCUGUGAGGUGUUCUUCCAGGUUUGCCCAAAGACACCAGAGAGAGAGGGGGAGGUGGAGAGGCAGGGAGAGGGUGAGGAGGGGAGGGAGGGUGGCACAGAUAGUGGUGAUGAUAAACUGGAAGAGAAUGACCCCGUGCCAAGUCUGCGCCGCUCACUUGCUGCUCUGCUGCCACAAUGCGCACUAGUGUUCACCAACUGCACCGUUACAAUAACCUCAGACUAGAUUACAUACGGGAUCUGGUGCACAUCUGGUCCCCUUAUUCUACUGUUGUAAAACAUUCCUCUCAAUUCAGCCUGUUGCAAACUCAUGCUUUACCUUCAUUCACAUAUGUAAUAAAAUAAAAAAUGUAAACUCGCUUACAGCUAUGCUAUUGAACAAAGGGACAGUUAACGGUUUAAUGGGCGUCACAGAAAAUGUUAUGAGAGGAAGCACCUGUUUGCUGUAUUCCCAUCCGCAGUAGGCCUGCAGGUAACAUUUAACGUAUGAUCUGGAGCGUUUUCCUAAGGUUAGUUUGAUUAUUUACACUCUGCUUAUCCAUUGAAGAAGGUAUUGUAACAGUUUUGGCUUUUUAUUAGCCACCCAGAUGAUGGUUCCUCUUUUAGUCUAAAUGUGUAUAAGGAUGUGGUUAAACUUAAAAGCUUAUUUUUAUGUACACCAGAGAAGCAUCGCAGCGACCAAUAAACGAUGACUUCAAUCAUGUACUGUAACGGACCUGCUACAGCCAUCGGACGUCCAGCACUGCCAUCAGCCAUUGAGGGAAUUCUUCCUUUGAAAUCAAUGAAAGCUGCUCUACUGCUUGUGUUGCGUCUAAUGGCAAGCUCAAUAAUUGCAGAGGUUCCGUUCUCGGCGGCUGAUGUGUGCAUUCAUUCUAUCUUGUGAAUGGAAAUAUUGAGGGAAGAAGAUUUUGGUUGGUUUCUGUGUAGCAGGGAGAACGUCACAUUGACGGCAAAAUAUAUUGCAACUCUGGGGGGGGAGUGUUUAAAUAACAGCUUGGACAGUUAUCAGUAUGUUGCUGGUAUUAUGCAAUUUCAAAACCAUUGCAGUUAAAAUUUGCUGUAGCCCACUAUAUGUUUUGCUAGCUGGAAAAAUACACUUAUCCCCACUUGAGUUGUGUGAUUCUCCAAAGCAGUAUGUUAUCUGUAUUAAUUAUGAGAAAGUAGAAUUGAAAACUGUUAUAACCUUUUUCCAUCAAGAAACUGUGGUAAAUAAAAAUGGCACAAUGUAUUUUA